CAUCAUCAGCGCUUUCGUCGCCGCAUGCAGUAAUGGUGGCCAGUAAUCGAGCACAGUUAACAAUUUACCAAUUGAAUUGAAAAAUUUAAGAUGUGCCAUUGCAGUCACCGCAGCUUUAAGAAAGCAGUGACAUGAAAUUAUUCGUCAUAGUUUUGAUCGCGUUUCAUUUGAUUGGAAAUGAUGUAGAAUCUCAAACUUCAAAAUUCAACAUCAAUCAGUUUAUUUCAACUAGCCUUAGAGAAUGGACAUCAAAAAUCCAGUCGGAGUCAUUCAAUUGUGCCCAACAAUGCCGCAGUUUGAUUUUGAAUUUAAAUAGGGACGUUCCUACUCUACCUCCGUUCUUUUUUAAUGUCAUCGUACAGAUCAAAACGACCGUCAACUGCUCAGGAGAAUUGCGACGAUUGCAGCCCAUUUGCACCGGCAGGUUUCGCUUUCUAGAUGUCGUGCAGAUAGGUGGUAACCAGUAUUGGUUUCCGUUGACUCGACAGUCAACGUAUUUUUCUGCGCAAAAAUUCUGCCGUUCCAAAGGACUUGACUUGGCCUCACUAAGAAAUCAAUCGCUGGAAGGCUAUUUAAUUUCCACCUACUUGAAAUACUACACAAACAUGCUUAAUCUAACAACCACGCGGUUCAAUUUCUGGGAUGGCAGAGCUGACCGAAAACUCGACGCAGCAAGUGCAUUGAUUUGCUCGUCGUUUUCACUCAACAUCAGUGAUUUUCGAGGAAUGGUUGCUGUCCGGGCUAACGAGACUUGCACCAACAUCAAUAAUUUUAUAUGUGAAGUUCCGACACUUUGCUAUAGGGACAUCUGUCGCGGAAACUUCAUUUCGAGAUUUACGGUGACACCAUCUCCCGCCGGUGCAGUGACUACCACGCCAGGGCCCUUGGUGGCAAAUUUGACACCGCCGUUUUACAUCUGCGAACAAUGCCAUCUCAAUCACCAGAUAAUGUUCACGGCGCCUUGUACGGAAUUGAACUGUCCAACAUGCACUCCUAAAAUGACAUUUGACCGGACAGGAGCGAAGGAAUGCAAUGGGAAAUAUUAUUUCUUCUACGAUAGCAAAUUUAGCUACUACUCCGCGGUUACUGCCUGUUGCGAUCUUGGAAUGCAACCAGUCAACAUUAAUAGUGAUGACGAUGUGGAGUGCAUCAAAACCUAUCUCUACGAAAAAGGUUUCAAGCCGUCUGAUAUGGAAAAUGGCAGGUGGAUGUGGACGUCUGCCACUGACCAGGGCACCAACUGCAACGGCCGCUUCGCUUGGUGCGGCACGAACACACCGGUCAACGGUCUGUCCAGAAUGCCCAUAGACCCGGCCAACAUGACCGACUCGGACUGUCUGGCUCUGUUCGUGAGGUCGUCCAGCACCAACGAUUUCACCUUCCAACUAGCCACAAAAACCUGCAUUUUGAACUUCCCCGUGUUGUGCGAGGCUAAAGCGCCGCCGGAAGUGCCGCGAACAUCUGCCCUAAUGAGAAGUGGUACGUGCAGCGAUUUUGCGAAGAGCUGCCCUAAAGGAGCUGAAACCUUGGAUAGGACUAUUCAACAAAACGAGAUCUAUAGAAGAGCAGGGGGGAUAAAGUCGGCGUUGAUAUGCAACAAGUACUACCAAGUAUACACUGGAGUGUUACCAUUUGAUGGCGCUCUGAAAGCAUGCACUGAUAAUCGAUUGGAAAUGGCAACAAUCUUCAACUAUGAAGAAUUAAAUUGUCUUCGGGAUUUUCACUUAGCCCUGAGAUUCGGCAAUGACCUGAGGGACAUGGAAGCAACUGGCGAAAAGGUUUUCUUGAAAUCGAGUGACAGGUCAUGCGACGGCGCUCCCUUGCACUGGUGCAACACGGGAAGCUCUGUCAGUCAGCACCUGAUAAGGCCAGGCCAGUCCAAGGCGGGCCAAAACUCCGCCAAGUGCCUCGGCGUUGACAUCAAGCUGUCCAGAUACGGCCUAACGACCCUCCCGUGCGAAAUCCAAUAUCCCACCAUUUGCAAGGAAAACACCACGUGCGUCAACCCUACUUGUCCCACAGUGAACUGCGCGAAAUAUAUGUCUGUUGCGCCAAACAGUGAAAAAAAUGUAUGCGGCACAACCUACAUCAUUUUGGAGGAAAAAAAAACAAUGAAGGAUGCUCUGGAGACGUGUUGUCAAAUGGGCAUGGGUCUCCUGUCCAUUGAGUCAGUCGAAGAGCAAAACUGCCUCUACAGGUUCAUGAAAGCCAACAUGAUCAGUGUGACUAAAGUGUGGACGUCUGCAACCGACAUCGGCUGCAAGAGCAAAUUCGCGUGGUGCACGACUGGCGAGAUGCUCGCCUACGACAGCUUCAAUAGCUUUCAGAAUCAACCUAAGACAGGCAAUUUCUUCACCGAUGAAAAUUGCGUCAGCGCCAGCUUUGAGGGCAGUCUAGGCCAGACGCUUUUGAUCCGCGAGCAAUGCGGUGCCAUUUUGCCGUACAUAUGCGAAGUGACUAGAACUAAAUUUUUGGCUGGGAACUACUCCGGGCCUGAAUCUCCGUCUCUCAACUACAAUUUCAACACAACCCAGCUAUAACAGAACACAACAAAACGCACACAGUGGCAACUGUUGCGUCAAAUUUCAAACUGCCGAGGUUGCGUUUGACGCCAUAUGAAAUACUAUGAACACAAAACAAAAUGGCACGUUGACAAAUAGCGGAUGAUGUGAAAACCCCUAGAACUGCUAAUGUCUAGGAAAUUCCGUAAAAUAUAACAACUUUUGAAUGGAUUUUAUAAAUUUGCACUGAUUUUUAGACUUGAUAUUUUAUUAUACAGCACAAGCAGAAAAGGGUGUUAAUUUAAAAUUUUUGGCUUUAUGAUAUCUUGGGAAUGAUUACAUUUGUUUAUUUUAACUAUCCAUUUGCAUGUUUAGACAUUAAAAUCCUGACUUACAAAAAUAAUACCCUAUACAUACCACGGACAUUUUUAAAUUGUAAUUUUGCUCCAUUUGUUUAAUUGGGCGAUUGUCAAAUGUGAAUAAAAUUCAACAUUGGAAAGAAGA